AUGGGCCUCUUUCUCUUGUUUCUCCACAGCACCUUGAGGAAAGAGCCUGUGUUCAAUGAUGAGCUCCCCUCCCGCAUCCUAUGUGGCACUGUAUCCAUCAAGCCCAAUGUGAAGGAGUUUACAGAGACUUCAGCCAUAUUUGAGGAUGGGACAGUGUUUGAGGCCAUUGAUUAUGUCAUCUUCGCAACAGGCUAUGGUUAUGCCUACCCUUUCCUUGAUGACUCCAUCAUCAAAAGCAGAAAUAAUGAGGUCACCUUGUUCAAAGGCAUCUUCCCCCCAUUCUUGGAAAAGCCAACCUUGGCUGUGAUUGGCCUUGUCCAGUCCCUUGGUGCUGCCAUCCCCACAGCUGACCUGCAGGCCCGCUGGGCUGUUAAAGUAUUUGCAAAUUCAUGUACCUUGCCAACUACAAAUGAAAUGAUGGAUGACAUUGAGGAGAAAAUGGGGAAGAAACUCAAAUGGUUUGGCCAGAGCCAGACUUUGCAGACAGAUUACAUCACAUACAUGGAUGAACUGGGCUCCUUCAUAGGGGCCAAACCUAACAUACCAUGGCUCUUCCUGACUGAUCCCCAGCUGGCCCUGGAGGUGUACUUUGGUCCUUGUAGCCCAUACCAGUUUCGACUGAUGGGACCAGGGAAGUGGGAUGGGGCCAGAAAUGCCAUCCUGACCCAAUGGGACAGGACAUUAAAGCCAACCAGGACAAGAGCUGUCAGUGAAGCUAAAAGACCCCAACCCUUUUACAAUUUGCUUAAAAUUCUUUUAUUCCCAGUGCUUCUUCUGGCUGUUUUACUUGCAUUUCAUUGAUAAGAAAUUUAUUUGGGUCUCAGAAUUCAGCCUAGAAGUUUAAUUGCAGAUAUGUAUAUACAUAUAUUAAAUUUUACAGCUGUUGUUUCCUUUCUUGCAGAUAUAAGAAUAAAUCCUAGCCCAUCUGACUAAAGUCUAAAUAAAAUGGAAAAUAGUAUCUACCUUUAUGAUAAGAAUCUAUACUUUAAAUAGAUUUUCACAUACUGAAUUGGCAAGUUUGGAGAUGAUCAAGAUAAAGAAAAAGAUGGGAGGGUAUAUGGGAGUGAGCCCAGAUUUGUUGGCUGAAUAAAGUUUAAUAAGCUUUUUAAAGUGUGUUUGGUCAUGGGGAGAAUUUACAUCACAAAAAAUGUUAAGUCUUAUAACUCAUGACACUGUAUAUCUCUCCAUUUUAGAUCUUUAAUUUCUUCCUCUGUAGUUUUUAGCACUGUGCCCAUUUUACGUCAUGUUUAU